AUGCACCGACCAAGUUCGGCAGUCAUUCUUUACUUUAUAUUUUUCAUGUGUGGCUUCGCAGAAUCUUCAGAUGAAGACUUGCAAAUGGUAGUUAUUUGGGGAGCUCCGAGUGGGGUCGAUGUUUGGGAACCGUGUUCUGAAACUUGGAAACAGUGCUUACAGAAAUGUUUGGAUGAAGAGGAUUGUGUGCUGAUAGCUAAAAUUACAACCAACUUCUAUAUUUUCCGACAAGGAAAGGAAUUUCACGUUGUUCAGAAAACUAAAGAAAGUGGGGAGAAAGUUGCAUUCAAGAAAACAAACAACAUGUGUAAGGUAUCCAUGCCAAAGCCACUGUUUGGAAACGAUACUGUUACGGAAAUCUAUCAGUCUGAAACAGUUGCAUAUAAGUACGAAAUAACUGAAUGGGACAUAAAUGGAAUGGCACAAUGGACAUUUGAUUUCCAGUACUUUGUGCAAUGCGAUGAUGAAUCAUUUGUAUCGAUUCGAGGAGCCAAUGUUGUUUGUAUUACGGUACGUGCAUUUCCUGAUCCCUACUGCAAGAACCGUACAGCUGGAGAGCAAUUGUGUAAAGAGGGUAAUGGAAGUGGAAUCACAGGACCAUACUCUUACGAUGAAGGAUAUAAAAUGACAGAGUAUAUCGAUAAAAAGCUCCAAGCCGAACCGAUUUCUCAGAAAUUCGAUUAUUUCGACUUCUGGACUGAUGGAAUUUGCAGUCAACCUGACGGACAUAACAUAACUGAUGGAACUUUAGAUGAGACAACUGGCUAUAAAUGGAGUCAAACCAACAAUUUUAAAGAAUGA